AGUAAUAGAGACAAUUACUUCAGAACUUUCAACACUACUCCGGAGGGCCAUUCUCUCAGGAUCAAUGGAGGAAUUAGAUGGUGGCUCUUGGGUUUUCAGGGCAAGGUUCUCCAGCAUGGCCUUCCCUAGAUUAGAUACCGUGAAGCUUUCAGAGAAUCUAUUAUCUACUGAACAACGAUGGAAUUUGUACAAGUUUUGCUUGGAUUUGAAGAUGAAGAAUUCAACAUCUUUGUCAGAAACAACGAGCUUUACACCUGAAUCAAAUGCAUCAUCAUCAUCAUCACCUGCAACUUCCUCCAAUGACCUUGAUCAAAAGCUGAAGAAUUUGGACAUAGAUUCUUCUGAAUCAAAACCAACAACAUCAAGGAAAACAGACCAUGAUACCAGGAAAUCUAAUUUAUUCUUGAAUAAGAAUGAAAGAAGAUCAAAAGGAGGAAAUAGAAGGUCUGUGUCUCCACUUGGCAGUACCGAGCUCUCUGAUACCUUCAAAGAGGAAAGCAGGUCUCAUGGAAAGAGAUUCUUUUUACUACCACUCAGACGACAUAGAUCCCAAAAUAAGAGUGUAUCAAAAGAUGAUCUUGUGCAACAUGCUACCAGGGCAACAUCACGUUCAAGCAUGGAGAAGAAGAAAGGCAAGAACGAGAAUUCUUGCUCUACUUGUUUUGAUGCUGGUGUUGGGAAAGUCAUGGCUGUAGAGGAUAUUGACCGUAUGUUGAUAUCUUGGCUCUCUUCAGUUGUCGAAGGUUCGCGAGAGACGAUGGAGGAUACUAUUGCCAUGCUUCGGCAGAGCACGGAAGCCCUAGGGAUCAGUGGAGUGGAGUAUGGCGGAGAUCCUCUCGCCGGUGCAGAUCAUGAUCUUCUAUCGGACUAG